GCACUGAGCACAGCGGACCCGUCCUCGUACCCCCAAGAGCGCUCAGAGUGUACAAAAGAAAAAAAACAGGCUGACAGUGUCUUGCAGGGGGACAGAGGAGGAGGAGACCGCAGGACUGGAGUGAAGGAGACGAGUGAGACCCGAGCUAGGCCGCAGCCACCGCCUGACACAGUGCCGCACACUCAGACACAGUGAGCAGCAGUGGCAGGCAGCACAUGCCACAUGGGAGCACAAACUGGUUAGAGAGGGAGACCAGCCCAUCCGUUACCCGGCUCGCAGGACAGGGAGCUAGGCCGCAGCUGCCAGUGCCACACACUCCGAGUCCCUUCAUCAUCACAGGCAGCAGGAGAGGAGACCCGCAGGUGCCACGUGCCAGCCAGACUCUGCCACCUUGUUGUGACAGGCUCAGUCCAGUCCACCACAGGCAGGAGGAGAAUCGCUCCACCACCAGCAGCCAGCAGUGCCACCACCACCACCACCACCACCACCAGCACCACCGUCGUCGUUAUCAUCGUAUCAUCAUUAAUCAGAGUUUGACAACAUCAUCGUCACGUCAAGACUUGUGUCAUCCCUACUCACAAAUUCACAUAGAUGCCUGGCAUGCAUUGCAUUUGCUAGUAAAUAAAAAUGGCAGAAGUAGAACAAAAGGAACGAGAGAUAAAAAAUGCACCUAGCUUUUUAAAAGCAAACAUCUGGGAACAUUUUGGCUUUUAUGAAAAAAGUGGGAAGCACGAAUUGGACAAGUCAUACGCUGUGUGUAAAAUCUGUCACACAAAAAUUAAAUAUCUAGGGAAUACUACUAAUCUGAGAAACCACGUCAGCCGUUUUCACCCAGAAAUGCUAAAACCUACCACCACCACCACCAAGGAAAUGAACCCAGAUCAGCCAAGAAUUGAUGCAAUGUUACAGUCAACUUUGCCGCCCAACUCUGAAAAGGUAAAGAGAAUAACAAAAGCUGUGGCAGCUUUCAUAGCGAAGGACCUGCGCCCUUACUCUGUUGUGGAAAACAGUGGGUUUCGCUACCUUUUGAAGACGAUAGAGCCGCGUUACAAGAUCCCGUCACGAAGUCACUUUACAGAAAACGUCAUACCUGCACUCUACCACGAAACCAAAGCUAAGAUAAUUGCAUCAAUGAGCCAAGCAAGUCGAGUCGCAAUAACGUGUGAUUCCUGGACUUCAGUCACGACAGAGUCUUAUGUUACAAUAACAGCACAUUACGUUAGUAAGGACUGGCAGAUUUUGUCGCAUGUACUGCAAACGAGAGCCAUUUAUGAGUCUCACACGGGUGCUCAUCUGGCAGAGCUACUUUCUCAUGUUGUGGAAGAAUGGCAGCUGUCCGAUAAAUCUGUAGUGCUUGUGACCGACAACGCGUCAAACAUGAUAGUUGCAGCUCAAGUUGGAAAAUUCCCCCAUGUGAAAUGCUUCGCCCAUACACUGAAUCUUGCAUCCCAGCGAGCGUUGAAAGUGGCCACUCUCUCUAGGCUUCUUGGCAGAGUACGUCGGAUAUCCACAUUCUUUCACCGCAGCACUAGAGCAAGCCACUGUCUAAAAGAGAAACAGAAAUGUCUUGGCCUGAAGAAUCAUAAGCUGAUAACUGAUGUGGCAACAAGAUGGAACAGUGCAUACGACAUGGUCGAGAGGUUCUUGGAACAACAACCUGCAGUCUGUGCCACCUUGCUGUCUCCAGAAGUCAGAAGAGGAGAGUCCGAUCUCUGCACUCUAAACGAAACAGAUGUGUCAAAUGCAGAGGACGCCGUGAGUGCAUUAAAGCCAAUGAAGGAUGCAACCAUGCUGAUGUCAGAAGAGCGCAAUCCAACAGUUUCUCUCAUUGCCCCUAUAAAUGCACAACUUCUCCAGAGCAUGACAGACACGAUGGGAGACACACCCAUGAUCCAUGAGAUCAAGAAUUCUAUUAGAACAGAUCUCCAGAAGAGGUACAGCAGUGAGGCCGAGAAGAAGAUCCUUCAUACAGCCUCUGCACUGGAUCCUCGCUUUAAGGGACUGCCUUUCAUCCUCACAGAUGAAGAAAGAUUGGAGAUAUUUAAAGGAGUCACUGAGGAAGCUGCAUCCUUGGAGAUUACAUCAGAUGAGAGUGAGAGGACACAAGAGGAUCAUCAAGUGCCUAGAAGAAAACGAACUCUGGAAGAAGAGGACAGUUCACCCAUCGAAGACAACCAUUCUCCAUCUCCACCAUCUCCUCCCAAAAAGGCCAGAUCGCUGCUCGUGAGUUUGCUGGGACAGUCUUUCACUGACACUGAAGGUACAAUAGAACCCAAAAAGACCCCCUAUGCCAAGGCUGAAGAGGAAAUGGAAAACUAUUGUAAAGCCCCACCUCUGCCUCUCACUGAGGACCCUUUGAACUGGUGGCGUGAGCAUGAGGUCAUAUUUCCCCUCCUUUCUCGGCUGUCAAAGCAAUACUUGUGUAUCCCAGGUACAAGCGUGUCUGCAGAGCGGGUUUUCUCCACUGCAGGAGAUGUGGUAACUGCAAAAAGAAGCGCCCUCAAACCAGACCAUGUAGAUCAAUUGGUGUUCUUACAGAAAAAUCUACAUGUUCCCAAAUGCUGAGCAGUGUUUUUAAUUUUAUAGAUUUUGUUUAUAGCAUUGUCUCUGCCACUGAAAUUUUUUAUUUCUCUGUCUCCCCUG